ACAGCGCACAGAGACGGGCCGACCAAUGUCGUCCAUUAAGGGUACCAACAAUUUGUAAUUUUUCCAUGGAUAUCGGCCACAAAUUCAUCGAUCCAUAAUUCUGAAUGUUCCCUCUGUGUCGCCUAUGAAGUUUUACCGACCAACGUGAAUGGAUUCUCUUAUAUACUGCGAAAAUUCUAUUGCUCUCGUGCCGUCUCCGCUGAAGAAAUUUGACCCUCUGCUUCGGGAGGAGUGUAUUCUAGCUAAGCUCAGCUCCAUUUUUUUACAGCCGUCAUCUGAUCUGUCAACGAAUCAAAUGGUCGUCGUCUAACAGUGGAAAGUUUUGUGGAAAGGAUACCAUAUAUUUUAAAAGGGGACUUCGACCCAUUCACGACAUGACCGUGUUUAGUUCCCAAGUGCUGCUUGCUGUAACGAGAUCAAGGGGAUCCUAUUUGCUAUCGAAACGGCAUGGCUGUGCCUCUCUACCCUCCACUGCCUGCAUUCGCUACCACUCAGACUUCUCCAACCGCCCUGCCCUGGUGGCCCGGGGACUGCGGCCCGCCUACCCACGAUGCACCUCCAGCUACGUGCGGAACGGCUGCAUCCCAGCCCGGCCGCUCCACAGCUCCUGCGCGUGGCUCCAGGAGGUGAAGGAGACUCCAGCGGGGGCACAGCCCCCCCCGGGUGAGCCCUCUCCGGCCCCCUCCCCACCUCCAGCCGCUGCGGCGGCCGCUGCCUCUACCACGUCGCCCCCAGCCCCAAGCAAGCCCGCGGAGAGGGCCGUCGUGCGCAAGUCGAUUGGCCAGAGGAUAGUGGACGAGCUGAGGCAUUACUACGAUGGCUUUCGGCUCCUGGGCAUCGACACGAAGAUCGCUGGACGUAUGGUGUGGAGGCUCCUGCACGGCCAACUGCUCACCAGGAGGGAGAGGAGACGGCUCAUGAGAACGUGUGCGGACCUGUUCCGCCUGGUUCCCUUCAUGGUGUUCAUCAUUGUGCCCUUCAUGGAGUUCCUCCUGCCAGUCUUCCUCAAACUCUUCCCCGAGAUGCUGCCCUCCACCUUCGAGACGGAAACCAAGAAGGAGGAGAAGCAGAAGAAGGGUCUGGCUGCCAAGCUGGAGCUGGCUAAGUUCCUGCAGGAGACGAUCGCAGAGAUGGCCAGGCGCAACAAGGCCGCCGUCAGUGGAGACGAGGCCCAGAAGUUCUCCACCUACGUGCAACAGGUCCGGCACACGGGCGAGCAGCCCACCACUAAGGAUAUUGUGAAGUUCUCCAAGCUGUUUGAGGACGAGCUGACACUGGAGCACUUAGAGCGCCCCCAGCUGGUGGCUCUGUGCAAGCUGCUGGAGCUGCAGCCCAUCGGCACCAACAACUUGCUGCGUUUCCAACUGCUCAUGCAGCUGCGCAACAUCAAGUCCGACGACGAGAUGAUUGCUACCGAGGGUGUGACUGGCAUGACGGUUGCAGAACUUCAGGCGGCCUGUAGGAGUCGAGGAAUGAGAUCACUGGGGUUGACAACCGAUCAGCUCCAAAAGCAGCUGCAGCAGUGGGUGGACCUGCACCUGAAGGAGAAUGUGCCGCCUUCCCUGUUGCUGCUGUCUCGCGCCAUGUACCUGACGGACCUCACGCCCAAGCCGCCCGUCAUCCCACCCGUGCCCAAGCUGGAGAAGGCUACCCCCCCUCCGUCAGAGACGGAAGCAUCAGCUAAAGAGAAGCCACUGUCCGCCUCCCUGGAGGAGCUGGUGGACAAGGCCCCCAUCAUCAAAGCCGGCAAGGCGGAGGAGAUGCUGGAGAAAUCCAGGGUGCUGGACAUGCCGUCUCCCGAAGCUCAGUUAAUACAUGCGAAAGGAGCAGAGAUGGCCCAGAAGUCCAAGAUGAGCGCCAAUGGGAUGUGAGGAGAGACGCUCCACCCCUGAUAGCCCCCCACCCCUCCAAAACUUGACGACAUCAGCGCACACCCCCCACCCCCUCGCCUUCACGCUCAGAACUCAGACCUCCACCUAACUCUACGGCUGACCUCUGACCUUUGUGUGACCCCUUGUGAGAGGAGAGAGGGGUGCUCGUCUUCAUCCUCGGCAACAGGGGAACGCAUGCGGCCAGGGCGGCAGAACACGCCAUAAACUCUGUUACGGAGGCAGGAAGGAAGAAGAAGGAUGCCCUCCCUGUCACACACACACACACACACACACAAACACACACAGUAGCCCUACCCCCAGCUCCAGGUCUGGUCAAAGGAGACUAGAACUUGUUCUCACAUGUUCUAAAGGUCUCAGCCCUCACCCCCACCCAAUGUCCAACCUGUCUAGCCGCGGGAGCGAGAGGAGUCGCUCGGAGGUAACUGCCUCCUCCGAGCCUCCAGAGCUCCUGGCUGGCGGGGAUGGUUCAAGGUGGUUUAAGAGACCUCCUCUGCACUCCUGCAAGCUAAAGGUGGAGGGGGGAGGUGGGCUUUCCUUCCCACUAAAUCCUUUUCAGGAUAACCGUGAGGAAGACCCCAACCCCAACCCCCCCCCCCCCCCCCCAGCCACCUCUUGUGAUGUUUACAGAAUGGCUCUUUCUGUAGAACCUUCGUUAAACUCACAUCGACACUCAUCACAUCUCAGCUCGCCUCCAGAUAAUCAGGACUCAACAAGUCGCCUCCUGCUACCCAGGACCCACCUCUCAUUUGGCAAAGUCCUGCCAUGUACAUUUGUAAAUAAAACUGUAAAACUAUCGGCACAAUAUAAAGUGCCAUCGACCUGUACAGCCGGCUGUGUGCCAUAUCUUUAUGCUCCUAAGCUUGAGGAAGUCAACGCUACUGGUUAUGAUAUUAAGAUACAAGAGCCGGCUGCCAUUCUCGUCUUGGCUUGCAGGUGGAUUGUAAAUUGUAAGUGUGCGGGUUUUUUUGUUUUGUUUAUUUUUAUUUCAUUUUGUUUUGAUUUCCUGCAGAAGGGGAAGUUGAAUUUGGAGUUUGCUCCUUGAGGAGAAUUAGAUUGUCUGUGCUCUGCGGCCUCUCUGAAGCCGCAGCGUGGGCAGAAUCUGCCAGUUAAGGCACAGAAAGAAAAAAAGCUAUUAUUAUUAUUUUAUUUUAUUUUUUUGAGGAGUGUAUUUAAUGUGUUCAUGAUUUGCUGUUUUCCCCAGAUCAUUGUAAAGAUGUUGAGAUUUUUCCCCCCACUCUUUAUUUUGUUCUUUUGCAAUUCAGAUUUUUUUUUCUCUUUUGGUAUAAAUCAGAAAAUAAUUUAAUUUGGUUGAAAUUGGAGGUAAACAAAAAAGUGGAUAGGUGUCCCUUUAAAAAAAAAUGCAAAAUAUAUUUAUUUCGCUAAAGUCUAAAAUUGGUUUACAAAUUUCAUAAAAUGUACACGUUUUGAAAUUAUGUACGACUACUCUCUUGCAGAUAAUGCGUGUAAAUAUGAGAUAUGACGUUACCUUAUUUGUGUGUAAAUUUGGUCCUCACCUUGCACUGCAAAGAACCACUAAAAUAUUAAUCUAAUUAUCGAAAGACGAGAAUGAGCUGUUAUCAAGGUUAUUUUUGUAACUUCCUCCGCCCCCAUAAUCACGUCACGUCCUGCAUCAGAACUGAUGACAAUGUGGCUUUAAACGUCCCUAAAACCACCACCUGAAUUAACUAACUGCGCUGUUCACCUCUCAAUCAGUGCACUGUCCUGAGGAGCCUGUCGUGUUACAUGUGAUUCCCAACUUUGGGAUUCACCCGUUCGAUUGUCCCUCAGCGUUAUUUUUUUUUUCAUUAUUUUUAAUUUUUUUUCUUGGAGGCAGUUCAGCCAAAAACAAAGUGGUCAACAGAAGGUGCUUAAUGUGUACAACUCUUUACCUCUGUUCAGAGCACAGAGAAGCAUUACGUAGACAGGGUGAGGUGGUCUUGGUGCAUAGAUCACCAUCUUCAUCAUCGUCAUUUGUCAUCGCACUUCACAAAGAAUCGCUUUCAUUCAGUCCGCGUAAAGGUUCAAUCAGAACUGCACAGUGCAGGCUUCGCCGGCGGUGUAACGAGACAGUCCCUGUAUGGUAAACCUUCUUCCGAUCCUUUUUCCUAACGGUUCUGGUUCUGAUUGAAUGACUGAUGUGAGGUUCUUUCUUUAUUCCUUUUUUUGUAACUUUAUAAUUAUGGGGGUAAACAAAAGAACAGGUUGAAGAUCUUGCUCUCUGUGGACGUGGUCUGGUUUUAUUCUCUAAAGCGACUGUUUUGACAGCCUUGCGUUGUCAGUGAAACCGCCGUUUUGUUGUCAGAUAAGACCAAAACAAAGGUCUCCUCUCUCUGCAGAAAGCCCUUCCCCACCACUGUGCUUUCUCAUUGGCAUGUGGACUAAGGAAAGUUGAUUGGCUCUUUAGCCUGUAUUGGCUGGAUGUUGAAAUAUCUUCAUGGUUAGCAAGUGCGGAGGGGAGGGAGGUUGUGAACUGGUCAUGUUAGUGUGAGGCAUGUUAGAAGCUGGUGUUGAGGCCUCUCCCAGAAGUUCUGCUGUCAACUUGAGCUACUGAGAAACUAAGCUGGGAGAGUCUAGAAGAGUGCACCAAUCACAUGCGCCCCAUGACUUCCAGCCCACCUCUUCCCUCCUCAGGAUGAACAGUCAUUGGCCUUGAGCCAUGUCACUCACCCACAGGGGGAGGACGUUGGUAACACUGCAUGUGAGGAAUUUGCCAUGCCAUGUAAAACGAAACAAAACGAAUCAAACUAAAAUGGUUUAAAGAUGUAGGUGAACGCCAAUCUGUACUUGUCCCAGAUCAGUGUAAAGCUGUUUACUCAAGUAAAGCCUCCAUGUCGGCACCUUGGCACAGCCAGAACUGCUGCAGAAAGAGACUUUGGACAGAAAAUACAAUGACGGCAUUAAACGGUGAAAACAAACUA